AUGUUAAGAAUGGAGUCAAAUGUAAUUGAUAAUGUUAAAGUUCCACAAUUAGAUAAUUUAUUGAAAUUAGAUCCCUAUUUGGCACCUUAUCAACGAGAAAUAAAACGACGUUAUCAUGUAUUUGAAACAAUGUUGAAAACUCUUGAUGCGGAGGAAGGUGGUCUAGAACAAUUUACAUUAGGGUAUACUCAUUUUGGUAUUCAUGUUGAUUGCACAAAUAAUGAUAUAAAAGUUAAAGAAUGGGUACCGGCAGCGAGAGCGGUCUUUAUUCGUGGUGAUUUCAAUGGAUGGCAAGAAAAACAAUAUCCAUUAAGACGCAAUGAAUUUGGUGUGUGGGAAAUAACUAUACCAGCUCUAAGUGAUGGAUCAACAGCAAUAAAACAUAAUUCAGCAAUCAAAUUGCUUGUUGAAACGCAUGAUGGUCGUCUACUAGAUCGUCUAUGUCCAUGGUCGAGAUACGUCUUUCGUGCACCGGAAGCGAACACUUAUCAUGGUGUAUUCUAUAAUCCACCAGCAGAUCAGAUUUAUAAAUUUAAACAUGCGCAACCAAAGAAGAAAGAACGUUUGAAAAUAUAUGAAGCACACAUUGGAAUUAGCUCAUGGGAAGGAAAAAUAGCCACCUAUGAUAAUUUUCGUCAAAAUGUAAUACCAAGAAUUGUCAAACAAGGAUACAAUACUAUUCAAUUGAUGGCAGUUAUGGAGCAUGCUUAUUAUGCUAGUUUUGGUUAUCAAGUAACAAGCUUUUUUGCAGCAUCUAGUCGGUUUGGAACACCAGAAGAAUUGAAAGCACUUAUCGAUGAAGCUCAUAAACACGAUUUGACUGUUUUACUUGAUUUAGUACAUAGUCAUGCAUGUAAAAAUACAGCCGAUGGUUUAAAUCAAUUUGAUGGCACAAAUGGAUGUUAUUUUCAUGAUAAUGAACGAGGUUUUCAUAAUCUAUGGGAUAGUAGAUGUUUCAAUUAUUCAGCACGUGAAGUACAACGCUUUUUAUUAUCAAAUAUACGCUUUUGGUUAGAAGAAUAUAAAUUCGAUGGCUUUCGUUUCGAUGGUGUAUCAUCAAUGCUAUAUCAUACACAUGGAAUUGGGCAUGCGUUUUCUGGAACGUAUGAUGAAUAUUUUGGUUUGGUAACAGAUACGGAAUCAUUUAAUUAUUUACAAUUAGCUAAUCACAUUUCUCAUACAAUGUUUCCAGAAUCUAUAACAAUAGCUGAAGAAGUGUCUGGUAUGCCAACACUUUGUCGACCAAUUGCAGAAGGUGGCGGUGGGUUUGAUUAUCGUUUGGCUAUGGCUAUACCGGACGUCUGGAUUAAGCUUUUAAAAGAAACAAAAGAUGAAAACUGGCAUGUUGGCAACAUAACAUGGACUUUGAUAAAUCGUCGUUGGUCAGAAAAAAGUAUUGCGUAUUCUGAAAGUCACGAUCAAGCAUUAGUAGGAGAUAAAACAAUCGCACAUUGGUUAAUGGAUACAGAAAUCUAUUCAAAUAUGACUGUGUUUGCACCUCGUACACCAGUCGUUGAACGUGGAUUAGCAUUACACAAAUUAAUACGUUUACUGACAUAUGGUUUGGGUGGUGAAGGUUGGCUCAACUUUGAAGGUAAUGAAUUUGGACAUCCUGAAUGGCUGGAUUUUCCACGUGAAGGAAAUAAUAACAGUUAUCAUUAUGCAAGAAGAUUAUUUUAUUUGCCCGAUGAUGAAACGUUGCGUUAUAAAUAUUUGAAUGCGUGGGAUCGUGCGAUGAACGACGCAGAAGAGAAAUAUCAAUGGUUAUCAGCAACGAAUACACAUUUAAGUAGACGACACGAGGAUGAUAAAGUUGUGGUAUUUGAACGUGGAAAACACGGAUUAUUAUGGAUAUUUAAUUUUCAUUCAUCAAAAAGUUUUGCUGAUUAUAAAGUUGGUACCAAUCGAUGUGGAAAAUACAAAAUUGUGUUAAAUUCUGAUUCAAAAAACUUUGAUGGUUUAAAUCGUGUUGAUAACAACCAAUCAUAUUUUACACAAGAUACAAAAUGGGAUGGAAGACGAUAUUCUUUACAGGUUUAUAUUCCGUCUCGUGUUGCACUAGUGCUAGCUCUCGUACAAUAG